AUGGACGCACUCAAUCUCUACAUCCUCACCUUUAAUUGCGCCCGCAACCUAGUCGACGUCGACCGAUUCGCCCAUCACUUCUUCGACUCCCUCCCGCUCACCGACGAAUCCAGCACUACCUCAUCCUUCCCACCCCCGGACCUCAUCGUGCUCUCGCUCCAAGAACUCGCGCCCAUCGCCUACGCCUUCCUUGGAGGCUCGUUUCUGACCCCGUACUUCGACGCGCUGAGCCAAGUCGUGAAUCGCGCGGUCGCGCAGCGCUGGGAUGACGUACAUUACGUCAACAUCGUGACGGACAACUCUGGGAUGACCGGGUUGAUGGUGUUUGCCCGGUCGGACGUGGCAGAGCAGGUCGCCGGGCUCGAGACGGCGCGGAUAGGCUUUGGCUUCCAGGAGAUGGGGAACAAGGGGGCCGUGGGGGCGCGGCUGGGAUACCUGCCCUCAUCCCGGCAACCAGAGAACAACCACACAGGAACGGAAGCACCACCACCACCACAACCCGUAGAGUUGACCUUUGUGGCGGCGCAUCUCGCGCCGAUGGAGUGGGCGGUGGAGCGCCGGAACGCGGACUGGCGCAGUCUGGUCGAGCGACUGGUCUUUGAGCGUCAGGACGGGUCUGGCGGGACAGAGGCAGACGAGGGUGGAUUGGAGGAGAGUGCACCCCUGCUCUCACGGGACUCUACAACGGCUGCGCCGGUCGGGCAACAACAACAACAACAAACAAAUCGCCGGGGCGUCUACGUCCCUACAAGCUACCUCUUUCUGGCUGGAGACCUCAAUUACCGGACGGCGGACAGACCGCCGCGUCCGGGUGAUCGAGCGAGCAGAUUCCCGCGGGUCAAUGUAGAGACGUCGGACCCCCGCCAUUACUCCCAUCUGCUGCAGGAGGAUCAGCUGAGUCGGGAGAUGGGCGAGUCGCGGUGCUUCCACGGACUGUCAGAGGCGCCGAUCAGAUUUCCCCCGACGUACAAGUACAGCCUGGCGGCCCGUCACGCCGUGAGCAAGGCGACGGCGGCGGCGGGCGACGAGGGAUUGUCGCAGGAAUGGCAGUGGACAGGGACCCGAUGGCCCAGCUGGUGUGACCGUGUGCUAUACCUGGACCAGCCCGACCAGCCCGUCCGGCCGUUGAGGUACGAUGCGCUGCCGCUGUUCGCCACCUCUGACCAUCGUGCCGUCGCGCUCACGGUCUCCGUGCCGGCCCGGCCAAUGCGACAGACGGACGCGCUGGCCCAAGCCCAGCUGCCGGCGGCCCCGUUCCCGAUCGACCCGGAAUGGGCGCGUAGACGAGAUGCGGCGCGGAGAAAGGAGCUGGUGGUGGGCUGCGUCGCGUAUCUCGGGCUGACCUGGGAGGGCAAUGGGGUCUUGUUGGCCACGGUGGUUGGGCUUUGCGGUGCCUGGCUCGUGCUUCGCUCCCUGGUGAACGCCUGA